AUGAAUUCUAGUGUAAUGACACUUCAAAUGAAUCAAAUAAAUGAAAAUUCUUGGUUAUCACCACCAAUUAAUAAUCAUCAAAAUGUAACAAUUGAAUUUGAUAUGCAAUAUGAUAGAUUAAGCAAUGAUAAUAAUAUUUUUAUGUCUUCACCUGAUAGUAGUAAAACUUCAUGCAAUUCUGAUACAAUAACAGAUGAUGUCUUUGCUGAGUUAGAAACAAUUGAUAAAGAAGGUAAUAAAUUAGUUAACAAUUAUCAAAUGCCAUAUAAUAUUCAAAAAAGUAUGACAAUAAAAGAAGAAAAUAAUGUACAGUAUUAUAAAAAUAUUCCAUAUCAAAAUUCAAAUAUAAAUAUACAAAAAAUAGAAAAUAAUAAUGGUGUUGAUUUGUAUAGAGAUUUAAUAUUAAGACAUUUAGUACAAGAUAUAAAUAGUACAUGUAUGAGGUUAUAUUUGCCAAAUAACCCAGCUAUGUGGAGUGUACAAGAUACAACAAAAUGGAUAAGUGAAAUGUGUACACAAUUUCGUUUAAAAAUUCCUCAAAAUCUUUUCCUAUCAGGUCGCAUUUUAUUAUCAAUGACUCAAGAAGAAUUUUUACAUAAAGCUCCAGAGAGUGGUGAAACAUUAUAUGCACAGUUACAAUUAUGGAAAACAGCAUUUGAUUCUUGUAAUCAAAAUGUUAAUAUUACAGCUAAUAAUUUUAUUACACCAAUUAAUACAACCACAUCAAUUAAUAAUCAAACAAAUCGCAAAGAUCCUGACCUUUCAUGGCAACAACAAUCAUCUUCUUUACCAAGUCAAAAAGGAACAUUAUAUUCUAAUGAACAAAAUAUUACAAAUAAACACUUUUAUCAAAAUAAUACUCAACAUAUCCAACAUCAACCAACUUCACAUCAGACAAAUUUUGUUAUUAAUACUUCACCGGUUCCAAUUCCUAAUAACAAUCGUCAAUAUUGUCCCUCUUCAACAGGAUCAUUAUCAUCAUCACUAGAAUUUAAUAGAAAUCAUAAUUUUGAAAUGUAUUUUAAUCAACCUAUAUCAAAAAAUAUUCAAAAUAAUAUGAUGUCACCAUCAAAUUCAGCAUCAUCUUCAAAUUCAUCUAUUUAUAAUGAAGAAGAUGAAUUUAGUAAUAUUCUUCAACCAAAUAAUCAACAAAUACAUUAUACUUCUUCACCAGUUACAGAAUAUUUUCAAGGAAAUAUUUCAAUGAAUAUGUCUGAACAAAAACAUUCUAUUUAUAAUUGUGAUAAUGUCAAACAAUCAGUUAAUUUUGUUAAUGGUAAUUGUCUUAAUAAUAAUAAUAAUGUUGAAAUUUUCAAUAAUGUUAAUGUUACAAAUGAUGUUGUAAAGAUUAAUUCUGAUCCAGUAACACCAACUACAUUUCAAAGAUCUUCAGGAACAGUUCAUUUAUGGCAUUUUAUUAGAGAACUUUUAGAUCAACCUAAUGAAUAUAGUUCAUGUGUUAGAUGGGUUGAUAGAAAUGAAGGAACAUUUAAAAUUGAAUCAUCUCAUCAUUUAGCUCGUUAUUGGGGUAUCCGAAAAAAUAGAGCUCAAAUGAAUUAUGAUAAAUUAUCACGAUCAUUACGUCAAUAUUAUAAAAAAGGAAUCAUUCAAAAACCAGAAAAGAAACAACGUCUUGUUUAUAAAUUUUUGCCUCCAUAUAAUAUGUGA